AUGGGCGCCGCCACGGCCGUGCUGCGGGCCGCCGAGGACACCGGGCUGGCGGCCUGCGUCCUGGACUCACCCUUCUGCAGCCUGCCGGAGGUGGCGCGGGAGCUGGCGCGGGGCAUGAGGCUGAAGCUGCCCGAGACGAUGGUCGGCUUGAUGCUCAAACGCAUCCGCAGCGACAUCAAGGCGAGGGCCGACGUGGACAUCGAGGGCCUGCGGCCCAUCGAAGCGGCCCCGAAGGCCACGGUCCCUGCGCUCUUCGUGGUGGCGGAGGGCGACGCUUUCGUCCAGGCUCACCACACGUACGCGCUCCACGACGCAUGGGGCGGAGAGGAGCGCCAGCUUGUGAAGCUGGGUGGCGGCCAGGGCCACAACAGCGUGCGGCCCCGCGAAUUCAACGUGCACGCCGCGAACUUCUUGAGGGAGAAGCUCACAGGGCCUGCGGAGAAGGCCGCCCUGCCCGAGUCGCAGAUGCAGUCGCUGCCGCCGGUGGCCUGCCAGCUCAGCGACGGCUGCUCCUCGCUCUCCACGCGGCCGCCGUCUCGCGCGGAGUCGGAGUCGGAUCUCUGA